GUUUAAUUUAAUUUUUUACUCUAACGGAAGCUAAAUAAAUGACGAUUUUGACGUCACAUCCGUUCAGGAAGUUUAACGGAGCAGCAGCGGAGUCUCAUGUGUUUGUUUGGAGAUCCAAGGUGAGUGAAACAUGUUGCAGAUGUUUCAGGUGAGUGUCCGCCGGGCGGUGCUGAGAGGGGGCGGCCUGCUGCUCCACCAACCCCCCGCUGCGGCCUCACUGCCGGGCCCGGUGGCCGAGGUUCGUCGGUGUGUUAGCCGGCAGGUGAGCAGCAGAGCCGGGAGGACGGUCCGGAGCUGCACCGUUGACCCGAACCUGGAGGAGCAGUUCGUAUUCGUGGACUGUACAGAUCCAGAGGAGGACUUAGAUCAGGCUGAGACCUCCCUCCCCUCCUCAUCUGUCUCCACUCCUCCUGCUGCCCCUCUUCAGGUCCCUCCUCAGAAACACCUGAGGUCUCUGGAGCGUCAGCUGCAGGUGUUGAGGGUCGUGUCCGAGCAGGAGGCAAAGCCCGACUCUUUGAUAGAGUUCCAUGAUGUGGAUUUCCCUUUGGACGAAAGCAUAAUUGCGGCAAAGAAGAAGAAAAAGAAGAGGGCGGGGCCGGGUGAGCACAAAGUGUUCGGGACGCCUGACAUAGACGAGCCGUUCAGUGACACGUGCUGCUCGGGUUGCGGCGCCAUCCUGCACUGCUCUGCCUCCGCCGUGCCCGGGUAUCUGCCAAGUGAGAAGUACAAGGUGCUGCUGCAGGAGCAACGUCUGGACGGGGCUACCUGUCAGCGCUGCUAUCUGCUGACUCAUCACCACAAAGCGCUGAACCUGCACCUGUCCCAUGAGCAGUACAGACAGGUGGUGCAGAGGCUCCGCCCCCUAAAAGCUCUGAUCCUGCUCAUUGUAGAUCUGAUGGACGUCCCCGACUCCAUCAUCCCCAACCUGGCCGAGCUGGGGACCAACAAACACGUCGUCGUCCUCGGCAACAAGAUCGACCUGCUGCCCAGAGACUCGCCCAACUACAUGCAGCGACUCAAACGACAGCUUUCUCGCUACUGUGAGGACGCUGGCUUCGGCCGCCAGGUGACAGACGUCCACCUGAUCAGUGCUAAGACGGGAUACGGCGUGGAGGCUCUUAUCUCCAGCUUGCAGCGCUCCUGGAAGCACAAAGGGGACGUGUACCUGGUGGGCGAGGCCAAUGCUGGCAAGUCUACGCUCUUCAACACGCUGCUCGAGUCCGAUUACUGCAAGUCCAAAGCCUCAGACCUGAUCCAUAAGGCCACCAUCUCCCCAUGGCCCGGGACCACUCUGAACCUGCUGAAGUUUCCCAUCAUCAACCCGACUCCAUACAGGAUGUUCAAACGACAGGAGCGACUUAACGAAGCGUCGCAGCAGACAGAGAGUGAUUUGACGCAGGACGAGCUGAAGAGGCUCAAACACUUGAGCCGGCAGGGCUACCUUGUGGGUCGAGUCGGCAGAACGUUCCGGUCAGACGUCGGCUCCAGGCGGAACGAGAUAGAGUUCGAUCCUGACGGUUUGGCUUUGGGAGAAAACGAAGACGGAGAGACGAAGACGACGGCCUGCAGCAGGUCACCCGAUGAGUUCACCUUCAACGAGCUGAAAGACGCCCACUGGCUGUUCGACACGCCGGGGAUCAUCAAGGAGAGAGACAUCCUGUCGCUGUUGAAAGAACAGGAAGUGCUGUCAGUGGUUCCCUCUCAGGCGCUGGUUCCCAGAACGUUUGUGUUGAAGCCCGGAAUGAGUCUGUUAGUUGGCGCACUGGGUCGGAUCGACUUCUUACAGGGGGGGCGGUCCUGCUGGUUCUCAGUGAUGGUCUCUGCUCGAGUCCCGUCCACAUCACCAGCCUGGAGAAAGUCGACCAAAUUUAUGAGAAACACGCUGGAGGAGAGCUGCUGGGG